AGAUUGCUCGCUCCCCAAAACCUUCACAAAAAAAGCCACCCAAAAAAAUCCGUUUCAUAACUGAAAAAAUCAAAUAGAAAAAUCAAGUGAAGCCGGUAAAGAAAAAAAUGGCAGUGGUUGGCCUAUCCAGUGCUUUCGCUCCUCUCAGAGGUUCUUGGAUAGCCGUAAGGAUCAGGCAGGGUGGCCAACGUGCAGGGAUCAGCUUGUGUCCAUCUCCAAGGAGCAGGAGGAGCUGCGCGGCAGUGGUUCGGGCGGAGGUGAGCUUCGUGGACGCCGACGAGGCGAAGAGGCUCGUGGGCGAGGAGGGCUACACGGUGCUGGACAUCAGGGACAGGGCGCAGCGCGAGAGGGCACACAUCAAGUCCUCCACACACGUGCCUCUCUUCAUUGAGAACCAAGACAACGACAUUGGGACCAUCGUGAAGCGCCAGCUGCACAACAACUUCGCGGGGCUCUUCUUCGGGCUGCCCUUCACCAAGCUCAACCCGGACUUCGCCCUGACAGUCAAGGACAAGUUCUCGCCGGAAAGCAAGCUGCUGGUUGUCUGCCAGGAAGGUCUCAGGUCAGCAGCUGCUGCAGAUGCACUGGAGAAAGAAGGCUUCCAAAAUAUUGCAUGCAUCACAUCAGGUCUUCAAACAGUGAAGCCAGGAACGUUUGAAUCUGUGGGGAAAAGUGAGCUGCAGAACGCGGGGAAAGCUGGCCUUGUGACCAUCCAAGGGAAGAUUUCUGUAGUCCUUGGGACUGUAUUGAUUAGUGCCUACCUGUUUAUAACAUUCUUCCCAGACCAGGCUGAGAAGCUUUUUGACUUGGCUGGCAUCAGCUUGUGAUCAGAGCUGAUGUUCUUCGGUACUCCACUUCAUAAUCAGGAUGGUUGAUCAAGUCAGAUUCACUCAGAUGUUUCCAGACUGAAAAGGAAUUUUUGCUCUGUGUACUAUUAGGGAAUUCUUGAGAGAUUAGCACUUAAAUUCUUUGAAACAUCCCUUUUCUCGAUGUACCUCCUAUAUAUAUCGUAUGCUUGAUUCAUCUACAUGUUUGUGUUGCUUUUUGAAGUA